GCUUAGACCACGCCGCAUCGUCCUAUCGCACGGGUAAAUUAAAAAUGGCGAUUCAGUCGCUGUUUAUGGGGAGAACGCGCAGCUUGUGUCCAGUAGGUGAAAGGUUUUAGUGGGUAAAGGUGCUCUUGAAAGGGUGAUGAGUGCGCGUGCUGUUCUGCAUAGACAGAUUUUAUACAAUAUAACGAAUAUGGAUGAUAAUCAAAGCGAAAUCAAGUUAAAUACAUUUCUGGGUGCCGCGGACCGUAGCGGUGGUUUGCGUGACGUAAAUGGCGUUAAAUCGGUUGAGGUUGACCCGCACCUGAGUCCGACGCCUAAGGCGACGGCGCAGAAUUCGCCAUCUUGUGGUGAAAACGGAAAUAUUGUAACUAGUAAUAAAUUUGAAAGUGGAAGCGGGAGCGGCGACCACGAAGGAGGACAGGCUGACGAUGGGAUCGAUACGGCAGCAAAGAAGCGAAAAACUCGAAGAGGUAAACCUAAGCAUAGGAAGCUCAAGCCGUAUUCAAAACAGCAGAUAUCUUAUGAGCAGAGAUUAAAGUCUCGCGGGAUUGGUAGCAGAAUAACAAAGACGGGAAGACACCCGCCCGCACCUUACAACACGACUCAAUUUCUCAUGGAAGAUCACAGCGAUCUCCCUGAUCUGGAACAAAAAUUAGCUGGGGCAGCGGCCGGUGAGGCAAUGCCUGUCUUCCACAAACCUUCGGCCCCUCCUCGCACGCGCGAUUCAAGCUUCAGUAUAGAUUCGGAAGAUGAUUAUUUCUACUCUUCACCAGAGGACGAGGAAGAAUUUCUGACCAAGGAGUUUUCGAGUGCUUACGAGGACCUGCAUGCGGAGCGGCUCGGAGGUUUAACUAAGUCAGAGUUGAUCCAAGAGUAUAUCCAGCUUGAGGGAAAAGUUGAUCUGUUAACAAAAAGAUUACGAGGGAAAAAUUUUCAUCAGAUGGAAGAAAGGGAGACAACAAGCGACAAUAAAUAUUCGUCAGGAACAGAAUUGGAAAUAGCAAAAAAGCUGAAAAUAUACCAGCAAAGAAUCGAUGACUUGAUUCAACAGAACGAACAACUCAGGAGGGAGAAUGAUACCCUUAAAGGACAGCGGAGGGGCAGCGUAGUUUCUAGUGUCGAUAGUGAAAGCGACAGCGACAGCAGCAGCAACACCAGCUCUUGUAGUUGCACAGAAAAUAGCCCGAUACCUUCUCUUACACCGAGUACCCCUCAACUGACAAUGAGACGAGAACAUGCUUUAAUGCGGGAACAACAAAAGAUCAACGGAUCCAGUCAGACCAAUAUUUCAAAUAUUCACUGCGCAGAUAGCGACAGUAGUGAUCAGGAAGACAGAGAUGAAGUUCCUGCUCAAAGAUUAGUGGAACGCAGCCCUAGUGUCGCUACUAAUUCUGGACACAUAUCGAAUGGCCAAGCUACUAAUCAGGAAGUAAACGGUCUGCCUACAUAGACGUGGGAUCAUCCUUUGCUCCCAUCCCUUUCUCUCUCUUUUUAUUUUUCAUCCCUGCCUCCAAGACUGUUUUGUAUAUAAGAUAUUAUAUAUGUGCAUAAUAUUAAUAAUAUAAAUAUACAUUUACACAGUUAGUCCGUUGAUAGAUAUGAUAUUAGCCAAGCUGGCAUUCAUAGGCAGCGGCAUGGUGUACAGAUGUUAUUAUUUCAUUAUUGUCCAAUUAUUUCACUGUCAUAAUUCACGCUAUAAAAUUAAUUUGUCUCUGUUAUAAUACAGGAGCAGGCAUUAUUUGCUGAAUUAAAAUCUUACUGAGAAAAUGGAUUUGUUUAACACGUUUACGCCAAUAGCCAUACACAUCUCGUUUUAUUCAACAAAUUACGUUCUCUUCUGCUUCAGUUUUCGUUUGAUAGACCUCUAUCGAUGCCUAAGAGCUUCUUUUUCCAGAAGCUCAUUGAAUUAUCACUACUGGCUUCUUUCUAAAUCCAAUUGCGAGAACUUGUCGAUCUGUUUCCAAACUUCAUUUGUCUGAUUGAUAUUGCACAAAAUUGUUUGAAGAUGAUCAAGAUACCCAAACCAAAAUACAAGGAUGGUUUUUUUUAUAGCUGUUAGAAUUAUGUUAAUAUGGUGCGCUAUGAGGAGAAAACUGCAAAAAACUUUGAUCAGAAUCACCUUCUCAUUCAAACCAGUUUCUGUGAAAUUCCGUACUUUAUUAUCUUGUCACAGCAGAUUGCUGCAUCGAUAUUGUCGCAUAGUAUGGAAAUAGGUUGACUUUAUAGACUAUGAAAACCAAUUGCCUGCAACAGACCAUCAACUAAAACAUGCCCGGUAAAAAUUACGUAGAUUUUCUGUACUAAGCAAAUAUGCUUAAUGAAACAUUGUGAUGAAAAUACGCCCGUUAAUAAUUUUUAACGGGUGAUGUACAAUUGUAUAGACUUAGAUUAGGCCUAGAAUUAGUUAAUGGUCUGAACAUAGAGUGAUAAGUGACACCGCUAUUUUGGUCCCUUAGAGUAUUUGUUUUUUGUUACACAUUAAUACUUCUACUAUUACUAUUAUUACUAUCGUUAGUUAUCAUAGAUAUUACGUACACACUUACUCUACUUAGCUUUAUUAUAGCAAUAAUUCAAGUCUAUGCAAGUUUGUGCUAAAUACCUUUUGGUGUAUCAAAUGGUCAAUGGAAUAAAUAAUUACGGAGUAUUAUUCAUUUCAAUUAUUUAUCUCACAUAUAAUUAGUAUUAUUUCAUACUCUGGAACAUGUGUAAAUUUCAUGAUUCAAACUUGCUGCAUACUGCAGAGAAACGGAAUACCUAACAAGUGCAAUACCAUAAUAUCUGCAUAAUAUGAAAUAAAUUAAAAAGAUGUCUCAAAUUGAUAGUACUUUUUACUUUAAUGCUACAUGCAAACUAGAAUCAGGAAGCUGUGAUUACUAGCAUGACCCACUUUUGCAUCUUUCAGGAAAUCUCAUAGUUGAUGAGAAGGAAAAUGAUAACUAAGCCAAUCUAUUUUUGGAGUGAAGUUAUUCUUACUGAUUCAGGGCAAGUGUUUUUUUAAUUGAACAAGAAAAAUACAGAUUUAGAAUAUCCUAAAUCUCUGGAUUCAAUCCUGAUGCCUAGAUUAUGAAUUAGGCAUCGAGUGAUACCUAUUGUCUUCUCAUUUCAAAUGGAUAGUAUCAAGUUUCACUGACCAAUUAAUAGUCCAAAUGGUAAAAAGAAACAUAUAUAUGUAAAUGAGUAUAUUUAUUGAAACCACUGUGAUAUAUCAGUUAAAUCUUAUUCCAGGGGAAUCUCUGACCCAUGAAACAUGCCAAAUAUUAACUUGUUUGAUAAAAAAAAAAUAAAAAUAAAAAAAAACAUUACAAAUAUGAAUUAAACCAAAUCAAAAAAUGCUCACAGGCUUGCAGAGGCUCAAAUUUGUGGUAUUCCUCAGAAAAAGCAACUGGGGUUUUCACUAUAGUUGAUAAUGGUCAUUUUGAAAUCACAAACCCAUAGACUCGGACUGUAGAAGUUCUUCGCAUACGUUUACUACUUCACAAAAUGUUAUGUGUAUAGUAUUAUAGAUUUCUAAUGAUAAUACAAAUUCAUCAAAAAUAUAUGCAAUGCCACAUUGUUUUCCAAAUA